UAUGUGAAUGUUAUGUUACACAGAAUUUGUUAUGUAGUAACAAUCUGAUUUCAUUUAUUAACUUUGUUUUGUUAUUGUAGGUGCGACUGGUGGAAUAAUUUUCUUUGAAUCUAGUUGUAGAUUGUAGUAAGAAAAAUGGGAAAACAAAACAGCAAACUCAAACCUGAAGUACUGGAGGAUCUUAGACAAAAUACUGAAUUUUCUGAUGCGGAAAUUCAGGAAUGGUACAAAGGCUUCCUGAAAGACUGUCCAAGUGGACACUUAAGUGUUGAAGAGUUUAAGAAGAUAUAUGGGAACUUUUUCCCAUAUGGGGAUGCAUCAAAGUUUGCAGAACAUGUAUUUAGAACAUUUGAUGCGAAUGGAGAUGGGACUAUAGACUUCAGAGAAUUUUUAUGUGCACUUUCUGUCACGUCUCGAGGAAAACUUGAGCAAAAACUGAAAUGGGCAUUCAGUAUGUAUGAUUUGGAUGGAAAUGGGUACAUUUCCAGACAAGAAAUGUUAGAAAUUGUGACAGCAAUCUACAAAAUGGUUGGCUCUGUAAUGAAAAUGCCUGAAGAUGAGUCAACACCUGAAAAAAGAACAGAUAAGAUUUUUCGUCAAAUGGAUAAAAAUAAGGAUGGUAAACUUUCAUUAGAUGAGUUCAUUGAAGGGGCAAAAAGUGACCCGUCCAUUGUCCGACUACUGCAGUGUGAUCCACAAGCACAGUGAGAGGAUUGGUAGAUGGUAACUGAACUUCUGAGGCUUAUAUCAUCAGAAUUGUGCUUAAUUCUGUGCUUGGUCAUGUGCCCAAUCUUGAACAUGGGCUUUGGUACAAAGAUUAUAACAGACUGAUUUCAGUAAAGAAGAGGGCUGCAAAAGAAGUCCAUUGUUGAAUCAUGUCAUACAUGAAAAUGAUAAUGAACUUCUAACUUCAUUCACAUAAAGUUCUGCCAUUGAAUUGGAAGCAGGUGAACUGUGUUAGUGUGAUUUUGAAGUUUUAUUUAAAUGGAUGGGCGCAGUAUUGCAUGUAAGUGGCACAGUGGCCUGUGUGGCAGAUGGUUUGUGUCAAUUCCCUUUUUAUUCUGAUCAAGUUAGAAUAUGUGAAAAUUCUAUCAGUAAUAUGUUUUUAAAUAAAUUGUUCAUUACAUGCAUAUUCUUUGCACACAUGUGCAUGUAUGUCAACAGUUUUUAAAAUAAAAUGACAUUCCUUGAUACUCCUUCAAUGAUAUAGCUCUGUUUUUUUUGUAUUUGAUGUCUUUCUGACUUGAAUUAAUUCACAAAUCUUUGAAUUUUGGAAAUUAUCAUUGUAUGAAUGUCAUCUGUGCACCUUUAGUUUUCUUGCAUCUGUGUAGUUAUACUGAACUUCUUAAGAAAGCUUAACUGAACAGCUGUGAGUUAUGAAUAGUCUGAAGCAUUGUUGUCUUAUUGGCUGUCAAUUAUGUAAUAGUUCAACUUCAAAUAAAUGUUCAGGUUCUUCUGCCUCUCAAUCAUAAGUAGCAUACUGUCCAUAACCAAACAUUUUAGCUAUUUAUUUGCCCUUAAUAUUGAUGCUUGAAAAGGGACAGUGAUGUGGUUGCUCCUCCCAUUUAAGAGAGAACUACAUUUCAACAAAAAUUUUAUGCAUACUUAUUUUGGCAUGCAUUUUGUCACAAGAAAGCUGCAGAACUCUUGUUAAACUUCGAUAUGCAUUUGAGAAGUGGGAAGUGAAUAACACCAUCCUGAAACAGAAUAUCUUUUGGGUAUCACACAAAUAUGAAAUGUGUUUUUGUCCUCAGUAUUAUUUUUUAAACAGACAGUUGGAAAACAUGUGAAACUGUUGAAUAAUGCUACAUAUAAACUGGGCCAAGAUGAAUAUAGAACAAGCAAUGGCAAAGAGAGAUUUUAAAUAUUCAACAUUUAAAUGUUGCAUACAUUCAGAAUGAACAACAGAUCUGAGUGAAAGCCAUUCCUUUUCAGACAAGAAUUUUUUUGAUUUCCUAUCUAGUUUUCAUGACUAGUAAUUGAUUUACAGUGAUUAUUGAUCCUUUUUUUUUCUGCAGAAAAAUUAUUUCCGUAAUACUGAUUUAAUUUGUGGUGUGCUGUGUAGCACAAGGCUUGGCAGAAAAUGCAAACAGUUCUUUUGUUAACUUAAGACACACAAAACAUAAACUGUCUCUGUCUUACUAGCCUUCUUCAAGUUUUGUUUCUGUUUAGUCAUCAUCUUUAUUUGUAGUGUGCUACUAUUUGUAUUUGCUGAAUAAGAUGGCCAUAACAUUUACCAACGUAAUAUUGAUCAUGGUGAUAUUAAAUUCUCAUUUUUAUUUUGCAGAUGAAGCUAUCUAUAAUUAACUUUCCUCUUACUGUUCUUUAUAAGUGACAUUUUCCAAUUUUAAAUUUACGGAGUUUUUGGUAGUAUCAGUAGUUGCGAGGUCUUCCUUGUUUCAUUGCUUCUGGUGAUGGACAUAUGUGUAGUCUGAAACAUUUCUGAUGUUCUUUGAAAUUUAGAAACAUCAUGCUGAUAUUGCAUUUGAGCUAAGCAUCUUUCAUAUACUUUAUGAUUACAUUGUUUCUAGCUCAUUCCUGUGUUAUUUACUAACUCUUAGAGCUGCAGUAUUAGUGUUGAAAAAUGCCACACAUUUCACUCUUUAUAAAUUUAGUCACUUUAUGCAAAUAGUAGGAAUUGUCAUAAUUCUUUAAAUGUCAUUCAUUCUUAGCAUUACUGUCUAGGAAUACUAUUGCUGUAAACAUGAAGAGACGUGUAGAAACUCUCCAGUUCUGUAAUUUUUUUUUUAGAAAAAUAUUUCGUAUAAUAAUCCAAUAUACCAUCAAAUAAAAAUGCAUGCAGUUUUGAAAACCUUAUUAAGCAAAUUAUUUUCUGUUAAAUGGUUUGUAAUAUGCUAUUACAUUUUGAUGUGAAGUUUUGGCUAAGAAUUUAAAAAUAAAGUUUUCGUAACACCAUUAUAACUCUCCCUUCCACCAAAUCCACAAAAACUGGAAUGCAUCAAGUGCUCAGUAUUACUGAUGCUGAAUGUGGAUUGAAUUAUUUUAAAAUUGUUCAGAUUUUGCUGUUUGCUAACUAAAAUCUGCUUUUCCUUGCUAUCUCUAAAUUUUAUACCAUUUUAGAAAAUAGAGCAUCAGUAUUUCAUUUUUGCUGUUUACCAAUUAUAUUCAUAAUAUUUCUUCAGAGUUAGAGGCAUAUCAUACACUAUUGAAUAAUCAUUCAAUUUAGUAACUACAGAUAUAGUAAAAAGUAUAAUUAUUCUUUCACAAUUUGCUAAUCCAGAUAAAAUAAGUAAUAUUACAUAAUUGAAAAAUCACAUCACUUGUCAUCCAGUAGGAAUAAAAUGUUACUUCAUAAAUUUUCUGUGUUCAGUAUUGCUACUUAAGUACGUAAUUACAUCUCAAAAUACUCUACAAAUUCAGUUUGUUUGUCAGUUAAAGGUACUUUCCAUUCUUCACUAUCUGUUAUUCUUCUGUGAAACAAUGUAUGACUAUUCUUUUCUAGUAUUGCAUACCGUCAUUGCUAGUGAAAUUCUCUUUAAACAUUAAUCCCACUAUCUCCGAUAUCAAUUAAUUUAAUUAUUUCUCACUUGUGACACAUAUCAAUUGUCAAUUGGGAGACUAAUUUCUUUUGAAAUUUAAUAGUUUGUGCAACCAGAAUUUAUACUCGGCAAUUUGCUCAACUUGUUAAUAGAUUGGCAUAGUGUGACACUGUUAUCUGUCACUUACAAACUUCUACGUCCUAUUGUGUAUCUGCUCAUUUAGAUGUUUAUUUUACUUAUUCACAAUCCAAGACACUGGCACCAUCUGGAGUGGCUCACAGCCAAAAUGUGAUUUUCAAGCCAUCAGAAAGUGGUAGUUUCACACAAGAGUGGGACAGUGGCUAAUUCUAAAAUGAUACAUAGUGCAAACAGAUCUGUUGGCAGAUAGUUCUGUAUGUGUUCAAUAAGUCAUGAGAAUUAAAUCUCUCUCUCUCUCUCUCUCUCUCUCUCUCUCUCUCUCUCUCUCUCUCUCACUCACGCACACACACACACACACACACACACGCGCGCACACACACACACACACACACACACACACACACACACACACACACACACACGCCUUCCUUCCCUACUUCCUUCCUUCCUUAUUCACUUUUACCUAACUGUCUUUUCCAUCUAUGGUUGUCUACCCCCUCCCCAUCUCUCCGACAGCACAUGGAUUCAAGCAUGCAUAAUUAGUAACAGAAUUAUUUGUUGUAUUCCUUUAUAUAUCCUCUCUCCCAGGUACUACUGUACUAUUUUUCACGUUAAGUAAAUAGUUGUAUUAUAGGAAUGUAGACAGUAACAAUCCAGUUGUGUACUGACUUUCACAUCUUGCAGAAUGUGUGUAGUAUUUGUAAACUAAAUUCUACGUAAACACUUUCUAUUCUUAUUGCAUUAAAAAUUGGAGAAGUAUGUAAAUCUGGUGCCACUUAUAUUUUUCAUCUUUUUCUUUAUGGGCCUACUACCAGGCAAGGAAUAUAAUCAUAAAUCUUUGUCUGAGGCAGGACUUUUAGGACGGAGUUUCUCAAACUGCAUAAUUGGGAAUAUUGUGAAAACUGACAUAUUCCGCUGGAUGUUUGUGUCUGCCACAGAUAAGACUGACUGUAGAAGGUAGUAAAACUUUGUAAAAAAACUGAUUCCUGAAUCAUUUAUGACAAUCAAAUUUGCAUUAGUGUUUGAAUAUUAUGUACACAAAGUUAAAUCCAGAAAAUGCCAUACCACCACACUUCGUGCAGAAUUUUAUCUUGUAAUACCAGGUGUUUAGCACAGAUAUUUUUAGUAUUUGCACAAUAUUGUUUUAAAGUAUUAGAAAUGACAAAUACUGUAUUAACUGCCAAACACUGGGAAAGAAAAUUGCUAUUGAAGUAUGACAUUCCCCAAGUUAAAUCAUAGUAGCAUAAUGCUUGCUGUUACUCUGAUUACUUAUCUCGACUGUGGAAUUUAGUGUAGAUUUAACUAAAAACAAAGAAUUGUAAGGCACUCACAGACCUGUUCUCUGUGUUUUGUUUUUUGCAAAAAUUGUACAGAAAAAGUUUUUAACUUGUAUGUUGACUGUUAAAAUAAGACUCAAAAGAUUUAUUUGUGAUAUUCAGUUUUUAUGUAAUUCUGAUUCUACAUCAGUUACAUUGGUUGUAAUUCUUUGGAUGAAUAUAUUCUAGUAUAUUCUCAAAUUAACCUCAGCUAAUAAGAUUGGGAGGGGGGUAUCACAAAGAGCUGAAUAAGAACAGUUUUCAGAGACAAAUUGAAAUGAUUUUGCACAUAAAUUCCAGUUGUUUGUUACAGUGCAAGAGAGUGGGUGAGGGAUGACAUAGAGAAAGUUGUUCACAAAAACAAAUGUACUGUCUUUUCCUGCAUAAUGAAAGUGGAGUACGCAUAAAAAGUGAUUGAAAUAGAACAUGGAGAUAAGUGAUUUACAAGGCCUAAAUAAAAAUGAAUGGUUAUAAUCUAGUCUAUAGAUUAUAGUAUUUUUUUUAAUGAAUAAAAUUUUUCUCUUGACUCUAUCUGAGUGUUUGUUAAUUAGCAAAAUAUGAAAAAUUUAAACUUAUUUAGAAUAUAUGGCACUCAAAGAGAAAUUUUAAUACUAAAUAUAUGAAGCGAAGGUUGUCAUUUACCCCCAGUGUUAACAUUUAACAGUAAUAAUGGUAAUGAUGAUAUAUUUUGCCUUUAAUGUGCAGACUUUUUGUUACAUCUUAGUUAUACUUACAUAACAGUUGUCUCUCUUUCAUUAAUGUUUAUUUAUGUAUUAAAAGUAAGACAAGUAGAGGUUAUACAUUGAAGGUAACAGACACUAAUUGUAAUUGUUGUUCUACAUUGAAGGUAUUAGUUGUUGACAGCUCAAAGUGGAAGAUUCCGCUUGUUUGCUGUUGCUACUUAUAAUUUUUAUUCAAGGUUAUGAAAAAAUGCAAGAUGAUACAUUAGUCUUUUACAAGAUUUAAUAAUAGUGUCUAAUACAUCCAGGGCUGGUACCAGGCUGUUUGAACUAUUGCAUUUGCUUCAUCCAUGAACUUUGAAGGAGCCCUGAUGCUACAAGUUAUCCUAUUAAAAAUGAAAAAAAAGAAAAGAAAAAAGGAAUAUGACAGUGCUCAGUGUUUCACUCUCAGAAGGAUAUGUGCCUCCAAUAAUGAAGUAAUUCUUUUUGCUACUCUCAUGCAGAAAAUUUGAUUUUACAAUUUUGAGGUCAUGUAAUCCUUUCAAGCUUGUGAGGCUCAGAAAUCCUUGUCACUAAUGAAUAUAUGUAACAACAUUUGGUAUCAGUUUUACAUGAUAUCUGCUAUAUAUGGUGUUGAUAGUAGCAUAUUUUGGAAUGGGGAAAAAAGUUCUCUCAAAAAGUCUUUGAAUCAUUAUAUAUGUAUUUGAGUGCCAAGCUUUCGUGAAAGACAGCACUGCUGAAAAAACUACAACAGAUUGUUGCAGAAAAAAUCAUACAGUCAGACUUGCACCCAUCUCAGUGAAUUUGGUUUUAACAUUAAAAACGUUUGUUCGAAUGUAUGUGAUAAAGUCAUUUUGUUUGACUCAUAGUGUGUGUUUUAUCAUGUACAAAUUAUCGCACAAAAUGUUAGCUUAUUAAUUACGUUUUCAACAGCAUUAUUUCCAUUGUUUAUAUAUGUCUUUGUGCUUCUACUUUCCUUCAUAGAUUCAAAUUUUAAUAAUAGCCACCAUGAUGAACGAGCAUGUAUUUUGUCAUUGAUGUUUUUCCCAGCUGUUAUUCACUCUGGAAUUGAUAUGAGUGAAUCAAUUCAUAAAUAUUUAUUAUUUCAUGGAUUUUGUCAUAAACUUGUGUGUGUUACCAUACCAGAAGCUUUGAAAAAAUAUCAUUAUUUGUACAUUGCCUUCAGUAAAUUAAAGUGUUGCCAAGUACAUGUGUGUUUGAUAAGUGAAA